AUGAUUUUUGAAACUUUAAAUAAAUUAUCAAUUUCAAAUUUAUCAAAUAAAACUAAUAUUAAAAUAGAUUGUAGUUGUAAUAAUUUUAAAACAAAUGUUUUUGGAAAUAGUGUUUCAAAUACAAAUAAAGUAUUUUACAAUGAAACUAAAGCAUCCUAUACAAGACCAUAUUGGUCAUACUUUAACAGUCAUAUUGUAGCAACAAAAUUCAAUUAA